GUCGCGCAGUCACAUCAGCUGUACCAGCGAGAGCUACACUGACCUAAUUAACAGUACAGGGGACAACAACAAGGACGACACAACACACCGCAGCGACCCGACAGAAGACACCUGGGUGAUUCCACUGCACCUGACUCUGCUGCCUCGGAGAGAAAUAUAAAACCAACUUCACUUUCCUUCUGUGCCGCAGCCAGAAGAAAACAGUGCGUGGGACUUGGUGUCAUUACAGAGGAACCUCCACCAACCUGUCUGCCUAUAGAAGCCAAUACAGAGCUGACAAGUGGGCUAUUGACUGCAGCAACUGUGAGCGAGCAAGAGGAGGAAGAAAACAGCCAAAGAGAGGAGGAGGCGGAGAAUCAGAGAGAGAGAGAGAGAGCUUGUCCUUUUUUUGGGGUAUAAGAGGGUUUUUUUGGUGACAGAGUUCAUUGUCUUGCAGAAGUUUCUCAAGGGAAAAAGUAACCAUUUGAAAAAGUCCAUAAUGGCCGAGCUGUCAUCAGCCCAGAUGACCGAGUGCACCUGAGAAUUACCGCUGCUGCACACACUCCAUGUCACCACCAGACUGUGGGAAUUCACUGCGCAGAAGAAAAAUCAAUCUACUAUGUGUUUAGUGUUUGAGCAGCUGAGCCGGUGAAGGCCUCGGAGGCGGCCAUGUUGGAUCUUUUUCUUAGAGAGCUGGUGUUGACCCGUCUUCACCCGUCACCUCGCAGCACCUCGCUGCCGACCUAACUCCCUCGCUCCCUCUCUCUCUUUCUUCCACCGCCUCGCCGGGAGGAAAGGUCCUUGGUCUCUGUGUAAAAUGUCCUAUGCACAUCGCAAGCUGCUUACCUGGAGCUUACCUCAAGUCCUCCUCCUACCGCUGACCUACCUCCUGCUCCUGGCUCCUCCCACAGGUGUGUCAGCAAACCUCUGCCGUGUGACCGGCGGGCUGCUAGGGAUCCACUGGAGCAACGUCAUCACCCUGGGUUGGUCCCCGCUGGCGUUGGGGACAGGCGGGGCGAGAUGUUGGGAGUUCUGCUGCCUGGAGCCGAGCUGCAACGCCGUGUGGAGCCUCGGCGGGCGGUGUGUGCUCCUCCGCUGCACGCUGGAUAAUGGAUGCCCCAUCUCCCACCUGCCCCCGCCCCACCAGGAGUCCCUCGGGCUCCUCCAGCUGCUCUCAAAGGGUCCUGUCUUAAGGAGACAGAGGAGAGCUCUUCAGUUACAGACUGCAGGAAACCAAGGACUGAACAACAAACAAUCCGACCGCACGGACAGUCCUAAACUUGAAAAAGCUCCCUCACCUCCAACCGCACCCAGCGCCCUCGCACAUCACCAAACAGCCCAGAAGAACCACAGCCUGACAGCCAACGGGAGUGCAGACACCGCUGCAGAUAAACCCCAGCAGGACUCAACGGUGGACAACACCGCUAACACUGCUGCGUCUUCCAAUAGCAGUGAAGUCAGCACAACCACAGCGACUGCAGCCGCCGUCACCCCAGCUCCAACACAGGCUGUGAGGGAGCUGGUGGUGUCGGCAGGAGAGAGCGUGGAGGUGACGCUGCCCCGAAACACGGUCGAACUCAACGCCUUUGUCGUCCCUACGCCCCCUCAAGGAACAAACUAUGCAUUUGAUUGGCUUCUGAAAACUCAUCCCAAAGAUUACAGCGGGGAGAUGGAAGGGAAGCACAGCACGACUCUUAAACUAAGCCAGCUGACUGUGGGCCUGUAUGAGUUUGAGGUGACAGUGGACGGGGAGGGGGCCCACGGAGAAGGUUACGUCAAUGUCACAGUCAAACCAGAGCCUCGGGUAAACAAGCCUCCUGUUGCCGUGGUUUCCCCAAAGUACCAGGAGAUCUCCCUGCCAACCAGCUCGACGGUCAUAGAUGGCAGCCAGAGCACAGACGAUGACAAGGUGGUGGCGUGGCACUGGGAGGAGGUUAAAGGACCCCUGAGGGAAGAGAAGGUCUCUGCUGACACCCCCGUCCUCACCCUUACUAGUCUGGUGCCUGGGAACUACACCUUCAGCUUGACAGUGACAGACUCAGACGGAGCCAAAGACUCAACACAGGCCACCCUCUCAGUCAACAAAGCCAAGGACUACCGGCCUGUAGCCAACGCAGGCCCUAACCAGGUCAUCCAGCUGCCGCGCAACUCCAUCUCUCUGUACGGCAACCAAAGCACCGACGACCACGACUCUCUGUCCUAUGAGUGGUCCCUGAGCCCUGAGAGCAAAGACAAGGUGUUGGAGAUGCAGGGCGUGCGGACUCCGAUCCUGCAGCUGUCGGCUAUGCAGGAGGGAGACUUCACUUUCCAGCUGACGGUGACGGACUCGUCUGGACAGCAGGACACUGCCCAGGUCACCGUGAUUGUGCAACCAGAAAACAAUAAGCCCCCGGUAGCUGACGCAGGACCAGAGAAAGAGCUGACUCUGCCUGUCGACCGAACCACGCUGGAUGGCAGCAAGAGCAAGGACGACCAGAAGAUCUCCACCUACCACUGGAUACAAACCAAGGGUCCAGACGGUGUGAAGAUUGAGAAUGCAGACAGUGCUGUUGCCACGGUGACAGGUCUCGAGGUUGGCACGUACGAGUUCACCCUGACCGUGACGGAUGAGAGAAACCUGCAGAGUACCGACAUGGUCUCUGUCAUCGUCAGAGAAGAACUGGACCAGCCUCCACUAGCUCAUGUGGUAUCCAGUCCAGCCAUCACGCUGCCCGUCAGGACCGCCUCUCUGGACGGAUCUCACUCCACUGAUGACAAAGGUGGAGUCAGCUACCUGUGGACCAGAGAUGACAGCAGUCCUGCAGCUGGGGAUGUACUGAACAACUCUGACCACCAGGCUGUGCUGUUUCUUGGGAACCUGGUGGAGGGGAAGUACAGCUUCACCCUGACUGUAACUGACAGUAAAGGACAGAUGAGCAUUGACAGAGGCAGCGUGGAGGUCAAACCAGACAUAUGGGAGCGUGACCUGGUGGAGUUGGUGCUGGAGAUCGGCGUAUCCCAAGUUUCCCACCGUCAGCGAGACAUGCUGCUGCGCCAGGUCGGGGUGUUACUGGGCGUGCUCGACAGCGACAUCAUCGUGCGAGAGAUCAGUGCGUUUAAUGAGCACAGUACUCGUUUGGUCUUCCUGGUGUCCGGCGGGCCAGGGCGCCCCCCUCUGUCCGGCCACAGUGUUGCACUCAGUCUUCGCAACAAACUGCGCAAACAGAAGAAUGACUUCCUCAUCUUUAAGGCCCGACGGGUGGAUACAGUCAUCUGCCAGUUAAACUGCUCGGGUCACGGUGAGUGUGACUCCUUCACGCGGCGCUGCGUCUGCCACCCGUUCUGGAUGGAGAAUUUCAUCAGAGCUCAGCUUGGAGAUGCUGAAAGCAACUGUGAAUGGAGUGUACUCUAUGUGACUAUAGCAUCCUUUAUGAUUGUGGUUGCUAUAGCAACGCUUGUCUGGGGGAUGGUGUGCUGCUGCAACAGGCGUAAAAGCAAAGUGCGAAGAAGCAAAAGCAGGUACAAAAUGCUCGAAGCUGAUGAGCAAGACAGUCUGGAGCUUCAACCAUCUCGAGCAGUCCGCUUGAAGCCAGUCCCCGCUCCCACCUCCUCCGCCCUCAUGCACUCGGACUCAGACCUGGACAGUGACGACGGGCAGGGCGGGUUCCCGUGGACAGAGCAGGAGCGCGGGCAUCUCCUGAGGCCCCAGAAUGGCUCCCUGAGGAACGGCCAGGGUCCUGUGAGAGGCAAAAAGCAGAGAGAAGAGCUGCUAUAGCAAGGGAGGAGGGGGGGAGCCUCGCCGCUGCCCUCACUCAU